AUGGAGCCCCCGGAUGACUGUGAGUUUGAAAAAGUGACGUCCAUCAAAGUGUCGGCGACGGUGAAUUUCGAAGACGAAGAUGAGCCUCUGGCACACGAGAAUCGGCAGAAAGGCAGCAGAAGGUCACGCUCCAGCAGGAGGACCACAAACAGCAGAGAUCGACAAUCUGAAGCGGGCAUAGGUUUCGUGCCAGCAAAGCUGGUCAGCCAGAGCCUGCCACGGGGGAUGCUUUGCAUCAACCUAGUCAUCCUCUGCAUGCUGUGGUGCGCGUUUGUCGCAGCACAAGCGGCACACCAAGAUGUGCCGGCCAACUUUGAAAUCCGCGAGGCUUUCAGGAACAUCCAUGAUGGGGGCUUGCUCUUAUCACCGACAGAGGUGCGCAACUUUGAGGAUUUUUAUGCUUGGAUGCGGCAGGCGUACCUCCCCUCACUGCUGGAAGCGCCCCCGGGCAAACGUCCGGGGCUGGUCGCAGGGAAGUUCCGGCUUGUGGGGGGCGUGCGGCUGCAGCAUCGCCAACGAAAGCUGAUAAGCUGCAUCCACAGGGGCAGGCUGGCGGACCUCUACAACCACACUUGCCUGGCCCCGGCUGAAGAAACCAGCGAUGAGAGCGACACGUUUUGGCUGGACGUGAAUCUUAACAGCAGCUUGGAGCAUGUGCAGCGCCUUGAGGACAGCAGAUGGCUGAAUCACACCACCAGCCAGGUAGGGGUGCAAGCAUUCUACUUCAACGCGAAGGCCAACAUUUUCGUACUUACGGCUAUCAACUUCCGCUUGAGAGAGACUGGCGCUUGGCAAGUGCGCGAUGACCUGUGGACCAUCCCCGUCAACCUCUAUGGGCCAGGGGGGUCAGCAGCUGCCGCUGAUAUCACCGUCCUCGUGAUAUUCGUAAUGUUUGUGUGUGGAGAAGCGUGGCAGUUUCGACACGCCUACCAGGCGGCAUUCAUCAAGCCAUACCUGUUCAGCGUAUUCCGCUUUGCUAUGGUACUCGUUGUCUUUGGCGCUGUGUCCUUCUUCAUUGCCAGCGUCAGCCUAGACGCUGCGAUCAACAGGUUGGUUGGCAAGCUGCAGAACCUAGUUGGGAUGGAGGCGCCUUACAGAACCUUGGAUGAGAUCCAUGAGCUUGCGAUGAAUAUCGCGUUACAGGACCGUUGGAUGCAAUGGCUGAAUUUUUGGUACAUGAUGAUGCUCCUCGUCAAGUGUGGCGAGGAUUUGCCGGUGUCGCCCAGACUUAUGGUCUUCGUUCACACACUUCGUGAAGCCUCUGGCAGCAUUUUCUACUUUGUGAUAUUCUUCUUUAUUGUGUUCUCAAAUUUCGCCAUGGGUGCACAUUUCCUUUUUGGCCACAUCCUCUACGAGUGGUCGGCCGAUGCUCUUCCUUUCGUAUCCACCUUCAGGGUCUUGAUGGGAGACUUUGAUUUUAUGGCUAUGUAUGCAAUUGCACCAGUUAGCUCCAUGAUCUGGUUCUCCUUGUUUGCCGUGUUUGUAUACCUGAUCCUUGUCAACCUCUUCAUCUCCAUCGUGAGUGAGUCCUAUUACACUGUCUAUAACAGUGUCAUGCUCACUAACGAAGAGGAUGUCAUACAGAAGUAUGCAUCAAACAUUUCCUCUUCCAUAUCCUCAGCCCUAUCACGCCCACGAAUGCUAUCGUAUGCGUCCUUUGUCGCCCCCUUGAAGAAGCUGCACAAAUGGAUGAUCGAGCCAGCAGGUGAGCUUUAUUUGCGGAACGAUUACUUCUUUGAAGAAGAGGAGCCGCAGGAGGCAGAAGGGGAGCAGGAGAACGCGCCGGCGCGCGAUCCCAGCGCCAUGGUGACUGGGGCGGCGGCCGUGCAGCACUCCGCUCGGAACACUGGGGCCAGCAAUUCCCUUCCUGCUCGGUCGUCGGGGCCAGCAAUGCCGGCUAGCCUGCUGUGCUGCACCGGCAAUGUUCUGGUGACCUUCUGCGUGUGGGCUGCCUUUGUCUGGUCCCAGGUGGUGCACCAUAGCACAUCCGAGACCUACGAAGCAAGGAAGACCUUUGUCAACCUCCAGUCCAGAGCAGGAGUCAGUUCAAUCGCCGGCAAAGGAAACAAGGUUGCCGUCAGCCAGAACCAGAUUCAGAACUUUGGAAGUUUCUACAGCUGGAUCCGUGAAACAAUGCUGCCGGCUCUGUUCAAUGAGGGCCCCUACGGCCGUAGUCUCAUUGCUGGGAAGGCAAGGGUCAUUGGAGGGGUGCGACUGCGGCAAAUCUGCCACGCACCAGCAGCAUGCCCGGACACUCGCGAUUUUCUUGUAGAACUUUACAACGAAACUUGCUACGCGGACAAAGCCGAGACCAAGACUUAUUGGCUAGACAAUUCGCAUAGUCUGGAGGUUGCUUUGGAACACCUUCACCACCUUGAGGAAACAGAAUGGCUGAGCAUGGCCACGAACUCAUUCGCGGCAGAAGCUUUCUACUACAACGGGCAGACCCGAUCAUUUCUCAUCACCUCUGCCAUGUGGCAUGUCAAGGACACGGGCCUUUGGCGUUUGCAGAAUACACUUGGGGCAUUCCCGGACGAUAUGUACAGUUCUGACAACUGGAUCUCUGUUGCCGACUCCUUUUGCAUCGUGUCUCUGGUGCUAUUUGCUGUGACGGAGAUUGUGUUGCUGAGGUUUGCCGCCAAGGCGGGCGUGCUGAAAAAGCAUUUGCUCAGCGUAAAUCGCCUCGCAGCAUUCUUCACCCUGCUCGGUGGCGCUAUCUAUGUGGCAUACUACUUCCACCUGGGAAGUGUUGUCGCAAGCAUCGGUGACAAGUUGGAGGACCUGCCCUCCAUAGCCAACUCCACCGCAUACCUCCCAGGAGAAAGUCACAAAGGGGACUGGCUUGACCGCCAUCAGACCCUUGAUGAUAUCCACGAAAUUGCUGCACGUGUGGCUAUGGAACAUCGGGCGAUGCAGUGGCUAGGCUUCUGGUUCAUGAUGGUAUUGUUGCUGAAGCUGGGGGACGGGCUGAUACUCUCACCCAGAUUGAUGAUUUACAUCAAUACACUGCACGAUGCAUCUGGUAGCCUUUUCUACUUUUUUCUCGUGUUCUUCUUCGUCUUUGCAAACUUUGCAGUGGGUGCACACUUUCUUUUCGGACACAUCCUCUACGAGUGGUCACAUCUCGUUAUAUCAUUUGCAUCUGCAUUCAGGGUGUUGCUGGGAGACUUUGAGUUUAUGGCCAUGUACAGCAUUGCGCCGAUGAGCGCCAUCAUUUGGUUCACCCUAUUCACAAUCUUCGUGUACUUGGUGCUGCUGAACUUGUUCAUCGCCAUUAUCAGCGACUCCUACUUCAGGGUCUACCACGCCACUCUGAAAAUGGAUGAGGAGGACUUGCUGGAGAUGAUGGCGCAAAAGACAACCCAGCUAUCGAACCCCACUGAAGUUGCCUCUCGGCAGCCAAAGUCCAGUGCUUGGUGGCUUAGUGGCUUGGUGGCCUUGUGGCUUGGUGACCCAUGA